AUGAGUGACAGGUUAUCGUUGAAAUUCCGCCGCCCCUCAAGCAAACUGCAGAAGGAUCCCCCUAGCUUCAGCUCACGCAUUCUUCGGAGUCAUCAAAGCGCAACUUCCUUGAAACGUCAUCCCUCCGCCCCCGUUUACCCGCGCUCAUCUCCCAACGGUAGCCGCGAGCACACCCGAUCUCGAUCUAACGCUGCGGCCGUAUUUGGCUCAGGCUCCUCUUCGUCAUUGGAUCAGAAUAGCGACGGUCAGUCGCAGUCGCCUGGCCAUACCGAUCCCUCAUAUUUCCCAAAUUACAGCUCUCGCGCCCGCCAGAAUCGAUUCUCCUACGACCACCAACCCAGCCCGGAUGAAGUAGCCUCUCCCUUCGAGACGCGGGGUAUGCUCACUGCCUUGGACGAGAAUAGUGCUGAAACAGACGCCUCAUCGCCGACUUAUCCCCCACUCACAAACAACAACAGCGGCAGCUCAGACCAACGGCGUCGCUCCCUCCGACAAUCCGCCAGCUUCACUACUUUGCCUUCCCGAAUGGAUCCCUUUGCCCACCGUGAAACCGAGCGGCCUCCCCACUCGAAACGGCAUUCAGAUGAAGCUCUUAAUGGUCCCCCUCGGGAUAGACGGAGUAAGAAGGCUAGCUUCUCCAGUUUCGUCAAUAGCAUGCUAGGCUCGCCUCGAAACGUCAAGAUCUCCGCCCCUGAGAACCCCGUCCAUGUCACUCAUGUUGGCUACGAUAACCAGACCGGUCAGUUCACCGGUUUGCCCAAGGAAUGGCAGCGGCUGUUGCAAGAAAAUGGUAUUUCGAAGAAGGAACAGGAGGAACACCCGCAAACGAUGAUGGAUAUUAUGCGGUUUUAUGAGAAGAAUACCCGUGGUGAUGAUGACGACGACGAAGUGUGGCACAAGUUCGACAACGCCCAUGGCAAAGACAACGGUCAAGCACCAUCCCCGCCGGGAAGCCCCCGCUUUCCUCAGAAUCACGAAGGCAGUUUUGAAAAUCCUCGGUCACCACCUCCAGUACCUAAGGGGCCCCGCGGAGCACCUUCGCCAGCACCGAUGCCUACUGCGGUCAUGUCUCCGCCCUUGGGUAGCAUGGUCCCGCAUCGUGCACCCCCCAAGCCUCCUAGCAUGACUCCCUCUCGACCAGCACCGCAACCUCCAACUUCGCAAGGUGUAUCUGCCCAGCGACCGCCAGAGCCCUUUGGACUUGGUAACCCACCCAUACCCGAAACACAACCAUUGCAGACGGAGCAACGUGAUCCUAUCGGCUCUCGAAAUGGAACUCCGACGCCCAAAACGUCCAAUACUGUGGCGAACCCAACUCAGUAUCAACGACAGCAGGAGCAGAUAAUGGCUGCGGCUCAACAGGCGAUCGCUUCCAAACAACUGGAUCGAAGCCGAAGCCAACAGCAACAGCAACAGCAAAGACAGCAACCUCAAAUCGCGCCGAUCGCAACCAAUAUUCCUCAGAGUUCAACCGAUGCGUCAGCCACUCGGGCACCCCCCGCCGCUCGCCCUCGUCAACCCAAGCGACAGAGCAACAUUAUGGAUGUGCGGCAACGCUUGUUGACUAUUUGCAAUCCUGCCGAUCCUACUCAAAUUUAUUAUAACCUCAAUAAGAUUGGACAAGGUGCUUCAGGUGGUGUCUAUACUGCCUAUGAGAAUGGCAACAACAACUGUGUGGCUAUCAAGCAGAUGAACCUUGACCUUCAGCCUAAGAAAGAUCUUAUUAUCAACGAGAUCUUGGUCAUGAAGGACAGCAAACACAGGAACAUUGUCAACUUCUUGGAGAGUUACCUUCAUGGCCUCGAUUUGUGGGUUGUUAUGGAAUAUAUGGAAGGUGGCAGUCUUACAGAUGUUGUUACUUUCAACAUCAUGAGUGAAGGACAAAUUGCGGCCGUGUGUCGAGAGACAUUGAACGGCCUGCAGCAUCUACACUCGAAAGGCGUUAUUCAUCGUGAUAUCAAAUCCGAUAACAUCCUUCUUGCGAUGGACGGUAAUAUUAAGCUGACCGAUUUUGGUUUCUGCGCGCAAAUCAAUGACUCCCAUAAUAAACGCAACACCAUGGUUGGUACGCCAUACUGGAUGGCUCCUGAAGUGGUUACUCGCAAGGAAUAUGGUCGGAAGGUUGAUAUCUGGAGUCUGGGUAUCAUGGCCAUUGAGAUGAUUGAUGGCGAACCGCCAUACUUGACCGAGUCUCCUCUGCGUGCUCUCUACUUGAUUGCUACGAAUGGUACACCCAAGAUCAAAGAUGAACAUAAUCUUUCAACCACUUUCCGCGAUUUCCUGCAGCUCGCCCUGAAGGUUGAUCCAGAGAAGCGUGCUUCUGCCCAUGAUCUGCUUAAGCACCCCUUCAUGGGAAUCUGCUCCCCGCUUUCACAUCUGGCUCCUCUGGUCAAGGCUGCUCGCAUCAGUCGUGCCCAAGAGAAAGCACAGAAGGGUUCUUAG